AUGUCUUCUCUUAGGCUCAACUUUGAUGAUGAGUUGGUAGAGCUUGGAGGGUUGAAAUACAACAAGGUCGUUGUGUUCAAUCACUUCACAACAGGCAGAGUUAAACAAAUCUAUGACCUUAUAGCUGAUCGAUUCGACAUAUCCAGAAGCUCGUUCGAACUGUCUGUCGACGAUGGCUUCGUUAUUCUACCUGAGGAGAACAUCAAAGUAUUGAAUGGAAUAGGUGUACUUGAAGUCAAGGCUAUUGAACAACAGCAACAGACAUUGAAAAGGAAACAUAGAGAUGAGGAACAAUCAAAUGGACAAGCCAAUACCAAGAGAGUGAAGACAAACAAGAAGAUAAAAGAGGUUGUCCAUGAUGAAGAAGACGAUGAGGAUGAGGAUGAGGAAGUGGAGGAUCAAGAACAAGAAGACAUACCAAGUAGCAGUAGUAGUGAAAGCGAGAGUGAAAGUGAUGACGAAAGAAGUGAUAGUGAGAGCAGUAGUAGUAGUAGUAGCAGUAGUAGUGAUAGCGAGAGCCAACAGCCAUCUUCUGAUGAAUCUGAGAAGAGUGAUGAUGAGGAGGAGAUUAUCGAUACAAAGAAGAAGGACCACAUAAAGAACAAGGACAAGAGCAAGGUCAAUGGAAAGAGAAAUGGUCAAACGAAACAAAAAUCAGAGACUUCUCCAUUACCUUCACCAGUGUCAUCUCCACAGAAUAGAAAUAUAGUAGUAGACAAACCUGUGCCAAAGGCACAGGGAAACAAGAAGGUAUGGUAUACCAAAGUCCUUGAGUGUCGUACCAUGGUACUAACUUGCCCCAUUCAGUUCCAACCAAGAGAGGAUGUAGCCACCAACUAUAGUUAUUAUAUUAGAUGCAAUGACUACUUCAAAGAGGAUGGCACACCAAUAUUGUCCAAGGACUUCACCCAGUUACCAGACCUCACGGUUAUACCUGUCGUUGGCUCCAGGAUUGCAUUCAAGAAGCAUGUGUUCAUAGAUUACAAUUUGAAGUUGUCCGAUUACAUCGAAGGAGUAGUUGAGAAUGUCCAAGGCAACAUUCUGAGUAUUAGAGUAUGUGAUGAGUAUCUCCAGUUACCUUCAAUGGAGUACGAGAUGUUCAAUGAUAAUGGCCAAAUGGAGAUUGGAUUCGAACUGUUGCUCAAUCCAAAGUUGAUAGACCAACAACAGCAACAGCAGAACAUUGUGGAUGAUCAACAUGAACAACAGAGGAAUGACAAAGAUGUACAGGAUACAAUUGGAAAUGGCAAUGGAAAUGGAAAGGCAAACAAUGACGCGGUGGCCACAAAGAAGAAGAAAGAGGAAGAGUCACAUCCAAAGGUCACAAAAGGAAUCAAUACAAGCGAGUUCACAUGUGUAUCACCAGACGUUCCACAGGAAAGGUUGCCUGGAGAGAAGCGAAAGAGAAGAGGUGGAGCUGGUACACUCAUGUCUAGGAUAGUCCAGACACUGAGACAACAGAAGACAGAUAAUGAUAAAGAAUAA